AUGGCAGGUAAGGAUAUCCAACCAACAACUUUCAUCAAUAUGACAUCAAAAGAAAAUCAGCCCGAUUUUAUUGCAAGUAGAAGACUGGGGGAGCGACCAGAUUUAAGAAUCAUAUCUCGGAAAAUCGAAUCUAAGAGAUUUGUCUCGAGAUGUCGAUCAAGAGGUAAAUCUCGAGGUCGAUCAAGAGGCAGAUCUCGAGGUCGAUUCAAGAGGCAGAAUCUCUUAGAAGGCUCGAUCAAGAGG